CAAACCUUUGGGCUCUCUCUGACGGCACCGUUAACAAAAAAAAAUAAUAAUAAGAAAAAAACACCGCCGGUUGAAUUUUCCGGCGAUCUUAGAAAGAGCGAUUUUCUCGAGAAAGUCUUCGAGUUGCAGCGAGCAAAGAGAAGAGACUGAUCGUGCACCGAUUCGAAUGGUACUGCGCGGUGAGAUGAUGGCAACGACGACGACGAGGAGACCGGAGCGGCCGAAGAAUCUCCACAAUUUCACGCUACCGAGCUUGAGGUGGGGGAGCCGGCGACACCUCAAGUGCACGAAGAUCGACGGUUCCACGAGCUCCGGCGAUCACCGUCACCGUCUCCGACGUCGAUCUUCGUCUCUGCGAUUCGCCGGCUCCUCUGUUCCGAUCCGCGAGCCUGAGCAUCGGAGCAGCAACGACGGCAACAAUAACGACAGCCAACGUCGCCGCGCACGGUUCGAAUCUUUGGAUGACGGCGGCGGCGAGGAAGAGGAGGAAGAAGGGAUCGAGGAGUUCAGGGUGAAGAUCAUGUCGGAUCUGAAGACGGUGAGAGAUAAGAUCACACAGUCUAUGUAUGCUCUCAAGGAGCAACACGAGGAAGAACGUAAAGCCGGCGAUGACUCCGGCCGAGAGAAGGAGGUUUCUCCGGUGGUGAAGAAGCCGUGGAAUCUGAGAAAGAGAAGAGCAGCAGCAGCGUGCAAGGAGGCGGUUGAGGAGAGGACGGUGAAUCCACCAUCGCCGCCGCCGAGAAACGAUUCGACGAGGGUGAUGAAGGAAAGAGGCGGAGUGGUUGAAGCCGAGACGACGACGAUGAUGAGGCCCAAGUUCUCCGUGAGCCUGUCGAAGAAGGAGAUCGAGGAGGAUUUCAUGGCGGCUUUAGGUCAGCGACCACCGCGACGGCCGAAGAAGCGGCCGAGAACGGUUCAGAAAAAGCUCGAUAGCUUGUAUCCUGGGUUUUAUCUUACUGAAGUGACGCUUGAUGCAUAUAAGGUCCCUGAAGAAACCAAGGUUUAAUUAUGAUAAUCAUCAUCACGACUUCGUUUGUUGUCUAUCUUUUGAAAAUCAUUAGCCUUUAUAGUUUUUGGAAAAAAAGUUGUGAAUCUUUUUACUUUUUACAGAAUAUGCAGAGAUGAUGAUGAUGAUGAUGAUGAUGAAAAUAUUGUGUAAUUCAGUUUGCCGUUGAAGUUUUCGUGUUCUCAAUGAUUCUUUCUUCUCUGAAUAAACUGUACAAAACACUGUUGGAGAUCGUGUAGGUUCCGGUUGAUUAAAUACAUAAUAAAGUUUUUUUUUCACAAAAAAAA